AUGUUCGGAUCUACAGAUGCUCAGAUCGAUCGCGCGACCGAGCUCCACGAGCCUCCGGCCAAGGGACAGCCUUACAGUGUAGCGUUGCCGGGCUCGGAGGCAGAGGGAAGGAGUGCUAUCUACAGGCACUGGAGAUUCACAGACAAGCCUCUGCUGGACCACCUGGUUCCCGAGAUCAGAACACCACAUGAAGCGUUUGAGAACUCGGUUGCGAAAUGGCCCAAGAACAGAUGCCUGGGACACCGCCCGUAUGAUACCGCUACCAAGACCUUCGGCCCUUACGUUUGGGAAGACUACGAGACAAUCGCCAAGCGGAGAACCAAUUUCGGCGCUGGUCUUGUACAUCUACACAAACAAGCUGGCGUUACCGCACACAAGUAUGGUAUCGGACUGUGGUGUCAGAACAGGCCGGAAUGGCAAAUCACUGAUCUGGCGUGCAUGUCCCAGGGCCUCUACACAGUCUCUAUCUACGACACUCUAGGCCCGGACACGACCGAAUACAUUAUCAACCACUCGGAAUUGAACUGUGUGGUUGCUGGAAUGAACCAUGUUACGGCACUGUUGAAGCUGAAGCCUCGACUACCCUCGCUCAAGAUUAUCGUGGUUCUCGACCCACUUUCAGCUGGCGAGCUCCCCGGCGAGUCCAAGGGCGACCUCCUGAACUCGCUUGCUAGUGAGCAAGGUGUUGCCAUCCACUACAUCCGCGAUGUCGAGGCUCUGGGUGAGAGGCAACCGAUUCCGAUGAACCCGCCUACACCCGAAGACAUUGUUACCAUCAACUACACAUCUGGCACAACAGGCAACCCCAAGGGCGUCGUCUUGUCCCACCGAAACGCGCAUGCCGGAACAUGCACUUCCAUGGUCAUUAUGGGUAGCGGACCUAGCGAGAUUAUCUGCUCUUUCUUGCCCUUGGCGCACAUCUAUCAGCGGUUGGGAGAACACAGUGGGCUGGCAACUGGCGCUGCUAUUGGUUACUUCCACGGAAACAUUGCAGAGCUUGUAGACGACUUGCAGAUGCUACGACCAACCAUCUUUUCGGGUGUACCAAGGCUGUACAACCGCUUCGGAGCCAAGAUCAAGGAAGCGACUGUCCAGGCAACUGGCAUCAAGGGAGCACUAUCCCGACACGUGGUAUCGACCAAGCUGGCGGCCGUCAACGACAAGCAAAACCCAACCAACAAGCACAUGCUCUACGACCGCAUUUGGGCUAAGAAGGUUUCUGCCGGUCUCGGACUGGAUCGAUGCAAGGUCUUGGUCAGUGGCUCUGCACCCAUUGAUCCUAGUCUGCAUCAAUUCCUCCGUGUUGUGUUUGGAAGCAACUUUACACAGGGAUAUGGACUGACUGAGACGUAUGCCGUUGCCCUUGUCCAGCAUGAGGGUGACUUCUCGGCUGGUAAUUGUGGUGGCGUUGGGCCCAACACAGAGUGUGCUCUGCUCGACGUGCCUGACAUGGAGUACAUGUCUACUGACAAGCCGCACCCCCGUGGUGAACUCCUGAUCCGCUCUGCGUCGCAGUUCAAAGAGUACUUCCGUAAUGAGGAGGAGACGGCCAAGGCUAUUGACGCCGACGGUUGGUUCCAUACUGGCGAUAUCUGCUCUGUUGACGAACUCGGCCGCUUCAAGAUCAUCGACCGCAGGAAGAACGUCCUUAAGCUCGCACAGGGAGAGUACAUCUCACCCGAGCGGAUUGAGAACGUGUACCUUGCCAAUUGCAGCUACCUCGCGUCUGGCUAUGUGCACGGCGAUUCGCACCAGUCGUUCCUUGUGGCUCUCUUUGGUGUUGCGCCAGACAUCUUCCCGCAAUUCGCGUCCAAGGUGCUGGGCGAGAAGAUUCCGGAAGGUGACAUUGAGAAGCUGAAGGAGGCGUGCAAGAACAAGAAGGUCGAGCAGGCAGUGCUUAAGGAGCUAGACAAGGUGGGACGAAAGAACAAGUUCAACAGCUAUGAGCGUGUCAAGGCUGUAAGGUUGUUUGUCGACCCAUGGACCAUUGACAACCAACUUUUGACCCCAACAUUGAAGCUGAAGCGCCCGCAGACGGUCAAGGCCUUCAGGCAGCAUCUAGAUGACUGUUACGAGGAGGCGCUGGCCGAAGAGUCGAAGCCCAAGGCGAAGUUGGUCCUCCUCACCUCGGAUACGAUACCUUGUAAUUGUUUAUGUCCGACCAAAGCUGCAACCACGCAGCGCAACUUCUCGACCAACAAGUCGGAACAAAAUAUCGCAACCCCUCCCACAUUCCACCCUCGAACCUGCUCCACCUCGUCUUGUCCCCAUCACAAGACUGCAUCUUGGCGCCGCGAGCACGAUAAACGGAUGCCCGUCACGCGCGCAGCAGCUCAGGCCAUGAGCGACGACGUCGACGAGUCGACACAGCCACGCGCAUCGCGCUUCAAGGAGCACACCAACACGAAUGGCAGCAUACGACCGCCGCCCGACGAGCUAUGGAAGGACAUUGGCAUUGAGGAGCUGAUUGAGCAGUUCAAUGAGGAGAACUCGAAGCCGCCGACUUCGCGAAAGAGCUCUGCGAAUCGUGUCCCUCGCCUGGUCAAGUCGUCUUCACGGGCAGCUUCCGGGAGCGCGACGCCUUCAGAUUCGGGCGUCGUAACGACCAUCCAUGGAUCGGCAUCGACGCCGUCCGAGGGGACAUAUGCCCGCCUCCAGCGCGCAUUCGCGUCCAUGUUCGGCAGCGUCCUGGGCAAGCGCAAGGCCGGAGCCACAGAUGCAGAGCGCGAGAGGGACCAGUACCAACAAAUACUAGAGGAGCGCAAGAAGGCGGCCGAAAUCGCGUACCACGAGGCCAAAGACCUCGGUCUUCUCCCUACGCCAAAGGUCUACGUGCGACCCGCCAUCAAGUCGCGACAGGUCGGCACCCCAUCUCAGCCUGUCGCGGCCGAGAAGAUGCAGCUGGGCUUGACCGCAGCCAUGGCCGAGGCAGCCACGCCUAUCCGAGCUCCACGAACACCAACUCUCCGUCACACCCCCAGCAAGAAGGAUCUGUACAAGCAGAAGAAGCUCACCAAGCGCGUCUCGGACCUCGAAUACAAGCUCGCCUCCGCCCGCAAGGAGCUCCAGACGGUCCUCUACAACGACGUACCGCCUGUCCCACGCAUCCCCGACUUCGCACCACCCACACCCGACGUCACGCAAAGCGAAAACGACGGCAGAUCGCCAAGUGCCACCCCGCUCACUGAACCUCCUCAGAGCAUCGGCAAGAUCGUAAAGAAGCGCAAGGCCAUCGUCAACGACUCGGACGGCGAAUACAAACCCAUAUACACCGAUUCCGAGGGCGACCUCGAUCUUCUCUCCACCCACUCCGCCUCCGAAGCCGAGAUGUCUGAGCGCAGCACAAAACGCCCCAAGAGCGUCAAGAGCCCUGCAGGCAAGAGUCCCAGGAGAACCAGUUCGAGGUUGGUGAAGAGGUUCUCGAGAAACAACUUGAGGAGUGAGGAGCCUGUCAGGGUUGUGCCCGACGGUAUGCAUGUACCUGAUGUGCCUAUCAUACCUCACGAUAUGGAGAGCAAGGGAAAGAAAGUCAAGGUCAAGGUCAGUGAUGAUGGAUUUGGAGGGUUGGGCCACGAGAUCUUCUGA